UUAGUAAACAAUAGCGGGGCAGUGGCAGUGCCGCUCUCCACUUCAUCUGGUACACAGCUACCGCUCUGUCCCUGGCCGCCUCGCUUAUCGUUGCUUGUUCGUUGACGAAUUCUGCCACGCCAUAUCGCAUUCCUAGACUACAGGGUCUUAAUGUACUAUUGUAUAGACAUUAUUCUCCUCGGUGAAUGAAGAAGCGACAAUCGUUAAUUGAUAGUUCGUGAAACGAUAUGUUACAAGUGUUGUCUAAUGAUGAGGAUGGUCAUGUCAACCUAGCAGUAGUUACUCAACAAAGCUCAACAGAUUCCCAUAAGAAACGUGCUUCACAAUGGCUCCUCAGACCACGUUACUGGAGGCCGCACCACUAGACGCUGUUAAUGACGUGCAACUGGAUGAUGACCUAGAUGCCAACCUCAGCUACACCACCCCGCCCUACCUCUCCCACACACACACUUACACCUCCAACAUGUCAUAUACAUCGUUGCCUAUCAUCACACAUACCUCCCCACCCACCCUCACACAUACCUCCCCGGCUUCACAUUUACACAGUUCCACGCCCACUCAUUUACACAACUCCACACUCACUCAUACGCAAGUUUAUUCUCCAGAAUCUACAAAACUCCAAGCCAAUGAAUCUCAGAAUGCUGAGAGGGGCGUGCCGGACUGUUUGGAGGGAUGUGUAUGUUCAAGUAACGGCUCCACGUGUGAGUGUAAGAGCGACUCCCGCGCCUCCAGCAGCCCAGAUGUGGACGGUGGAUGGGCGUGGGUGGUGGUGGUAGCCGCCUUCUUCCAGUUCUUCGUCUCCUCCGGGAUGUACUACUCCUUCAGUGUAUUUUUCGUGGAACUGCUGCAGAGCUUCGGGGAGACGCGAGCCAAGACGGGGUGGGUAUAUUCUACCAACUCGGCGGUGCACAUGUUCUGUGGGCCCCUGGGGGGGUGGGUCAUCUCACGCUGGGGUCCCCGCACCGCCGUCAUGCUUGGGGGCGUCUUCGCUGGCCUUGGCAACAUCAUGACCGCCUUUGCCCCAAGUCUGGAUGUUGUCUUCGUUACACACGGCUUCAUUAAUGCUGUUGGGACGAGCCUCAACUUCUCUGGGUGGAUUGUGGGUCUGGCCAGGUUCUGGCAGCGUGGCCACGCCUUGGCCGUGGGUGUGGCUAUGUCCGGCUCCGGCUUUGGGGUGUUCGUGCUGGGCCCUCUUAUGGAGACUCUCGUGCAGGAAUAUGGCUGGCGUGGGGCAAUGCUCAUCUGUGCCGGCAUGUCGUUUAAUUUCAGCGUCUUUGGUGCUACUAUAUACAAGUUGAGGCGACCGUCGUUGGCAAAGGGACUUUACCGAGAAGACCAAAGACUGAUGAUUGUUGUGGAAGACGUAGGUAAGCCUGAGGAUGGCUAUGAUAAUACUCAUACUGAAACUAGUGAGGAGAGUUUCCACAGCAGCGACAUCAGUAGAUCUGAGACCAGUUUGAAGAAUGACCCAUUGAAGGAGACGCUGGCUAUGCCCUCACUGGUGGGAGCUGGCAGUGUAUGGUCACUGGCACACUAUGACCACGACAAACAACAUAACCCACGACUACGAGGCUGGGUAUCUUCCUUGAGGCGCGGCAAUACACACACCACGCCCAAGUAUCAACAAGGUGGAGCAGAUGAAAGUGGCACGGCACGACGGCUACUGUGCUCUCCCACAUUCUGGCUGCUGGAGGCGUCGUGUUUUCUAAGCUUCAUGGCGACCACCACGAUGUUCGCCGUCUUCCUUGACUGGACAGUGUGGUCGGGGCUAGGAGUGGCUUUCUCAGGCGCCUUGGCCGGUAGUGGUGCUGGCGACCUGUUGGGCCGCGUACUGGCCGGGGCGCUCAUGGGUCGUGGGCUGCCGCCCCUUAUUUUGUUUAGUGGGAUACAGAUCUUAUUAGCCUUUACCAUUGGUUGUGCGGCGAUCUCCUCAACCCCCGGGCAGUUGGUGGCAUCCAUGGUGGGUAUGGGCGUCGCUUGUGGGCUGCAGAGUGUGUUGUACGCCCUCAUGCCCUCACAGCUCAGCUCUGGCGUGGGUGUUGGCCGUGUACUUGGCUACCUCCUCUUCGUGACAGGAGCGGGAGCCCUAUUGGGGCCUCCUAUAGCAGGCGUUAUUGUGGACCAGACGGGGUCUUACGCUCCUGUGUUGAUGUUGUGUGCAACAGCUCCGGCCGCUGCAGCCGUCCUCAACUUUGCAGCACACUGCACUUCCCGCACAGCCAAAUCUCCACUAAAAUCACCACCUCCACAACCUUACGACACCAUUUGAAUAAACGCUUGUGUUAC